AAUUAAUAUAUCAAUAUGUCUGGUUUUAUGAGAUUAACAAAAAUUAAUCGUUUAAUGUAGAGAUCAGAAGAAAAUAUGAAAAAUUUAAAGUAAUUGUAUGCACCUUAAUUUUAUCGUGGAUAUGAUGAUUAAUUAACUGUAAUUGGUAGAAUGAAGUAAAUAAUAAUAUUAUGUGUUUAGUUGGCUAAAGAUAAAAUAACCUAAAAUGUAUCCUCUUUCAAAAGAGGAAGAAACAUUCUAAGCUAGAAAUUUAUGUAAAUUCCCAGAACAAAGAGAUAGUUUAUAAAAUGAAAUGGAUUAAAUGCUUGAAUUUAUGAAAUUAAAGAAUGCUCAUAAAUUAUAAAAGACCUUAAAGAAUGUUAAAGGAAAUAAUGUUGAUGAAAAGAUAUUUAGAGCAAUGGAAUAUGACAUGCAUUCAUUUACAUAAUUAGAGGAAAAGUGAUAUUAUUCUAAAAAAAGUAAAUAUAAAC